AUGAUGAGACGGACAUGGGAUCAAGACUUUGUUGGUCCUGACAAGUCUCAAGGCCUUACUCGCCAGUUUCUAGCACCAAAAGAGAGCCUACAUGACAUAUACUACCAGACGAAUGCUUCGGAAGAGGCAAGCGAAGUGGCUGAUAUACCCGAAGCCUCGCCUCAUCCCAGGGCUACUGAAGUCACAAAGCUUUCGAAAACAGCUGUUCCUCAUGCCGGAUCAAAGCCACACGAGACAAGGUCUUCUGCAGAGCCGAAGCAGAUAUUACCAGAUGCCCGUACGCCCCCGUCUACUAUACUGCCCAUCAUGGUUGCCUUGAAGCUUAAAAAGGACUUGGAGAGCCUGCAAACACACAAAACAAUAACAGAAAUAACCGAGGGACGAUCUGCCCUCGCAAAUGAAAUUGUUGGAGAUUUGCAAGCAGAGUUCGGAUACGGUGUACCCCAGCCAGAAAACAUUCCGUUAGAUCAACUAUGUCAAAUGCUAAACACCACCCACAGCGGGCUUUUGGGCAAGCCAUCAUCCUCCCUCAUAUUCAAGUUUCUAUCCUCGAAACUUCCAAGCAGCUACAGCCAAGCCUCGGUGCGUCGAUACCUUAAAGAAAGAUGGGAUCUGGGCCCUAUGAGACAAGAUGCGCUACUCCUACUUGCUGCAUCGAAGCAACCAGCCUCAAGAUUCACCAAUGCGAGUGAGACGGAAGGAUUUCUUUCAGAGGUUGCCAGAGAUUACUACCGACAUGAAGGUCUGAUAUUGCCUCAACCCAGUGCCCGCAACGGUUCCUGUCGAGUCGAUGACGUUUUCGUGAAUGCCAGCGCGAUGCAAGGUGCCAACGAAAGCACUGUGUCACUAAUGAGCAGUAUUUCAAGUGUAAUCAACAGCUAUAUCAGCGCAAACUCUGCAGAAAAAAUGCCCAAAGAGAGUCAGAAAGUCAAUGGGGAAGCGGCAGCCAUCGAGUCUUUGUCACUGUGGCAUUCCGAGCACGGUGACGAUUACGCCGAGGGCAUCCGGCCAAAGUUCGACAUCAAGAAACUGCGGGUGUAUGAUUCAUACUGGAACUGGAAUGCUCAAGCCAUGGAGAAAUUCUGUAACCUCUGGAAAGAGGGUAGUGCGAAGCAUGAGGCCGCCUUGGGAGAGCUCGCUGCCAGCAUCACAAAUCGAUCUUGCAGCCGCUCAUUAGCCCAUCUCAGGUACCUGCAAAAGCGGACAGAAAAGGACGCUCCUCUUGAAAAAGGCCUGAUAAACGGCCUGAGUCUGCUUUACAAGUCUUGCCUCCUGUCCAAAGAAAAAGACCCCGUUUACCUGUACAGUGCUCCAGACAUGGGUCCCCUGACGUUGAUGGAUGCAUCGGGAAAUACAACUGCAUCCGAGAUACCUCGGGGUGAUGAUUACAUGUGCUCGGCAAUCAAGGCAGUGACGAAUCAUGAGGAAAUACCGCUCGGCGUCAACUUCCCCGUGAGCAGGUUCCAGGACGGUGCGGCCUCAUUUUCCUCCGACCUGAGUCUGGCGUACGCCAAGGAUCAGAGAACUGCAAGACGGAAGGGUUUCACUUUUGCCGGGAGGAAUAUCUUGGUGACUGGUGCCGGGAAGAACUCGAUUGGUAUACACAUCGUUGGUGGUCUUCUCAGCGGUGGAGCAAGAGUUACCGUCACGACGAGCAGCUACUCAUCGGAGACGACGCGGAUGUAUCAAAAACUCUACAUGAAGCAUGGUUCCAAAGGUUCAGUGUUGCGAGUUGUCCCUUUCAACCAAGGAAGCUAUAACGACAUCCAGAACCUGGUGCAAUGGAUCCAGGAUGAUGACGCGUGGGAUCUCGACUUUGUUAUUCCCUUUGCAGCCCUCAAAGAAAAUGGGAGAAGUCUCCUAAGUCUGGAUUCGAGAUCAGAAAUAUCCCAUCGGGUCAUGCUCACAAAUCUACUCCGCAUGCUGGGCUUCAUUGCGAAAAGUAAGCAGUCCAAAGGCACCCUCAACAGACCAGCCACCGUCAUACUACCUCUAUCUCCUAAUAACGGCCUAUUUGGAAGCGAUGGGUUGUACGCUGAAUCCAAAAAGUCGUUGGAGCCGCUACUGUCAAAGUGGUAUUCCGAGUCUUGGGCAGAGUACAUUUCGGUCCUCGGGGUUGUCAUCGGCUGGACACGCGGCACAGGUUUGAUGGAUGACAAUGACACCAUAGCCGAGCUCGUGGAAGCCAUGGCAGUGAGGACAUUUAGCGUCCGUGAGAUGGCGGAUAAUAUCAUAACGCUGAUGGGCGGAUCCAUCAAUGCCGAGUGUCAUUCGGGGCCGUUGGUCGCAGACCUGGGCGGCGGAUUGUGCAGAAUCAAAGGUCUUCCGGAGAAGCUGAAAAGUAUUCGAAGUAGUUUGCGUACCGAAUCAGAAGUGCGAAAAGCGAUAGAGGUAGAAAAGGCUCGGGACAACACCAUUAUCACAGGCAUCAACUCGGGUAUUACGAAGCACGGUCCGCCCAACAACUUGUCCAUACUGGCCAAUGUGCAACUCACACGCCCCAGCUUGCCGGAUUAUGAAGCAUGUAUUGCACCCUUGGCAACAUCACUCGAAGGUAUGGUCGAUCUCAGUCGCGUCACCGUCAUAACAGGCUUCUCAGAGCUGGGGCCUCAUGGCAAUAGCCAGACACGUUGGGACAUGGAGGCAAACGGCUUCUUGUCGCUAGAAGGCUCCGUUGAAAUGGCCUGGAUGAUGGGUCUGAUCAAGCAUCGUUCUGGCAUUAGACCAGACGGUACACACUUUGUUGGCUGGAUGGAUGCUGAGACAUCCGAGCCAGUCAAUGACCUUGAUGUUUACACCCGCUACAUGGCAACUAUGCUUCAGCACACAGGUCUGCGGCAGAUUGAGCCAUCGAUUUGUGACAACAAUUACGACCCCAAACACAAGGAAAAGAUGCAUGAGGUUAUCCUUCAACACGAUCUCAUGCCCUUUGAAGCGACACCUGAAAUUGCCGAAGAGAUGCUACGAAAACACGGUGAUAAAGCCUCCGUGACCAGAGACACGGCCGGGACUUACCAUGUACAGCUAAAAGCCGGGGCAGCAGUCAUGGUACCACGGUCAUCUUGUUUCAAUCGGACUGUGGCCGGUCAAAUACCGACCGGCUGGUCGGCUAGGAGAUAUGGUAUUAAAGAUGAUAUUAUUGAGCAAGUCGACCCAGUGACGCUUUUUUCACUCGCCUGCACCGUUGAAGCGCUACUCAGUUCUGGCAUCAUCGAUCCAUACGAGUGGUACCAGAAUAUUCACGUCUCUGAGCUGGCUAUCUGCAUAGGAUCAAGUAUGGGCGGCUUGUCAUCAUGGAGACAGAUGCACCGUGACCGCUUCCUAGAUAAACCGGUGAAGCCUGACGUCCUUCAAGAGACAUUCGUAAACACAAUAGGGGCGUGGAUCAACAUGCUUCUGCUGUCUUCAUCGGGGCCUAUAAAAACUCCUGUCGGGGCGUGUGCCACGUCCCUAGAGUCCCUCGAUACUGGGCACGACCUCAUUGUCUCCGGUAAAGCCAAGGUCGUCCUAGUAGGUGGAGUUGAGGACUUUGUGGAGGAUCUCUCUUUUGAAUUCGGCUCUAUGAAUGCUACAUGUAACACGGAUGCCGAGACUGCAGCAGGAAGAGAGCCUCACGAAAUGUCCCGGCCAACGACAUCAACUAGGAGUGGCUUUGUUGAAGCUCAAGGCUGCGGUGUCCAGAUUUUGACAUCGGCAGAAUUGGCAAUCGAUAUGGGGUUGCCAAUAUUCGGUAUUGUCGCAUACACAGGCUUGUCAGCGGACAAGUCUGGGCGCUCAGUUCCAGCACCUGGAAUAGGAGUCAUUAGCAAUGCCCGAGAGUCAGCCGCCCCAGGCAUGUCCAAGCUGAGAGCAGACGCGAUAUCCUGGCCAAUAUGGAAUCUAAAUCAUCGACGUAAGAUGCUGUUGCGAAGAAGAGAGCAGAUUGCCGAAUAUGUCCAAGAUAGCUUAGACCAACUUCAAAGCCAAGUUGAUCAGCUGAGAGAGUCAGACUUGGAUCUUCUGCAAGAAGACUUGGACGAGUACUGGCAGAGCCAGGCCGCUUCCAUCAAGGAAGAAGCUCGACGCCAGGAAAAGGAAGCUGCCUUUGGUUUAGGUAAUAACUUUUGGAGAAGUGACGUGAAACAGCAUACAUCGCCGAUCCGAGGAUCAUUGGCAACGUGGGGUUUGGGUAUUGAUGACAUAUCAGUCGCGUCUCUUCAUGGGACUUCUACAGUCCAGAACGAUACGAAUGAGGCAUUUGUAAUCCAAGAACAGAUGCGCCACUUGGGUCGCCAGGAAGGCAAUCUCCUGCCGUGUAUAUGCCAGAAGUGGCUCACUGGACACUCAAAGGGAGCCGCGGGAGCCUGGAUGAUUAACGGCUGUCUCCAAAUGAUGAAUUCGGGACUGAUACCCGGCAAUAGGAAUGCCGAUAAUGUGGAUGAGAAUUUGAGACGGAACCGAUACUUGUGGUUCCCCAACGAAACACUGUCAAAUGGCGGUCAAAAGGGUCUAAAGGCAUGCUCCGUCACGUCUUUUGGAUUCGGCCAGAAGGGAUCUCAGGCAAUUCUAGUUCAUCCUCGCUAUUUGUAUGCCACGAUUUCUAAAUCGAGAUAUGAAGAGUAUAAUCAAAAGGUAGAGAGGAGGCUGCAGCGUUCAUCCCAGGCUUUUGUUGAUGGAAUGAUGAGAGAAGACUUGGUGUCAUCACGGAUGAAAACAGCACCGCCUUACGAGCUCAAGGACGAAGUGUCUGCCUUACUUGACCCAGAUGCACGCUUUGUGUCAAAUGGCUGUAUACAUGAUUAA